CCUUCCCCGCAGCAGCAGCAGACAUCUGCCUGGCAGUGGCAGGCAGGAGGCGGCGGAGGGGGGCCGCUUGCAGCCGGGGAGGGAGGCGUGGCGAGCCAGGGGGAAGCAGCGGGCUACCUCUCUCUGGGGCCGGGCGAGCGUCCAGGAGGAGCCGCUCUCGCUCCUGCUGCUGCUGCUGCUCCGGGGCGGCGCCUGCUGGCCCCGAUCCGAGGAGGCGCCUUUGCCUUGCGCACCUCUCUCUCUCCAUCCGCGCCGCGCCACUUCCACCGCCGCGGAUCCCGCCAUGGAUGCUGCUACGGCCCGGGCGCAGCCGCCCCUCCUCGGCUUCCCUCUGCGGCUGCUGCUGCUGCUGACCGCCCUGAGCAACGCAAGGGAGAUCCAUCUUCCGCCGGGGCCUUUGUACCGCGUGGAGCGCACGGCCAUUUCCAUCCCCUGCAACGUCUCUGAAUACGAGGGGCCCACCUUCCAGCAUUUUGAAUGGUUCGUGUACCGCCCGGCGGCUCCUGACAUCUCCAUCGGCGUGAUCAGUACCAAGGACCCCAAGUUCCCCUACGCCAUCUUCGGGCCCCGGGUGCAGACAGGGGACGUGUCUGUGAGGCGGGUGCGAGGCGAUGCGGUGGAGCUGCGUAUCAAGGAGAUACGGGCAGAAGAUACGGGCAUCUAUGAGUGCUACACCCCCACCACUGACUCAAAAUACCACGGCAGCUACAGCAGCAAAGUGGAGCUUAAAGUUAUUCCCGACAAGCUCUCGCUUUCCGCUGCUUCUCCUUCCGUUGCCAAGCCCCAUUUCCGGACCCACGGGGCCCCAAGGGCUUCCCCGCCGCAGGUGACGCUUUCCGAGAGCCAGGAUCUCCAGCUGACGUGCAGCGCCGUGAGCGAGACCCGCCAGCACACCCACCUCUCCCUCUCCUUCGGCUGGUCUGCUCCCGAGGCCCCGACAGACCCCCAGCCUUUGCAGGAGGUGAUCGGGGUGCGGCGCGACUUCGCCGUGGAGGCCGGCGGGCCUUUUGCGGAGCGGCACCGGGCCCGCGAGUUGUCCGUCGCCAAGCUGGGCGACCGGCAGUACCAAAUGGUGUUGGGUUGGCUGAGGCCCGAAGACUCCGGGACGUACCACUGCACGGCCGCCGAGUGGAUUCAGGACCCGGACGGCAGCUGGCAGCAGAUCGCCGAGAAGCGGGUGGCGCUGGCUCAGCUCACGGUCCGGACCGUAGCCAGCCAGCUGGCCGUGUCAGUGAGCCCCGCCAAGGUCCGGGUCAGCUCCGGAGAAGCCCUGGAACUCCUCUGCAAUGCCUCGGGCGUGGAUCCGCCUCCUUCGCCCCACGUGGCCUACUCGGUGGGCUGGGAACUGAAGAGGGGAGCCGCCGAGGAGGGGCGUCUCGUGGCCCAGCUGGAGGCGGACGGAGCGGUCGCUGUGGGCCAGAGCUACACCAGCCGGGACGUGGGCAACCGACACGUCUCCCUGCAGAAGCUGGGGGCUCCCCCGGGCACCUUCCAGCUGCGGGUCGAGUCAGCCCAGCCCGGGGACGUGGGCACGUAUCAGUGCGUGGUGCAGGCCUUUGUCCGCUCCCCUAGCGCGGAGCUGCGCCAGGUGGCCAGCAGCAGGUCUGAGGCCUUGAGGGUGGACAUGAAAUCGGAAGCAGUGGAGCUCCAGGCCACGGCGUGGCUGCCCACCCCCACCAUCUACCGCGGGGACACGGCCGAGCUGCUCUGCAACGUCUCCGUGGAGUCCACCCAGGCCGUCCACUUGGCCCUCAGCUGGUGGGCGGAGCUGCCCGGGCGGGAGGUGGAGCCGCAGGGCCUCGCGCUGGCCUCGGUGAGCCGCGAAGGCGUGGCCGAGCUGGGCCGCCGGCCGUCGGGCGGCCCGGUGAGCGUGGACAAGGUGGGCCCGCUGAGCCACCGGCUGCGCCUCCACGGGGUGCAGCCGUCGGAUGAAGGGAAAUACCACUGCGCCGUGACGGCCUGGAUUCGCUACCCUGACCGCAGCUGGUACAGCGCUGGAUCGGUGAAGUCCAACGUGGUCACCGUGUACCCCUAUAUGCAGCCCUUGGACACUUUGUUCAUCCCCCUCGUGGCAGGCAUUUCCAGCGCCCUUUUCAUGGGCAUCACCGUCCUUGUUUCAGUUACCUGCUGCUUCAUGAAGAGGCUCCGUAAGAGGUGAAGGCUGCCGGUCCGGGCUGGAGGCACUUCCUCCAUGGUUACUUCUUCGGCGACCCUGUUUUCUAAUUGUUAAAAACUGUGAUCUGCUUUGUCCUGCCUCAAACAACUCUCCGGGGGCGCUGGAAGCCUUCGCCCCUGUUUCCUCCUUGGAUUGAUUGCUAACUCUUGCCAGGACUCGUCUGCAGCCGGAUGGGCUGGGGUGGGCGGGCUCCUAAGCAGAAAGCCCCCCCGCCCGCCCGCCCCAAGCUCUAGCUAUUUGGAACGGCAGCGUUCUCCUCUGGAUGACAAAUGGCGUUACCCUUCCCUUUUGUUUCUGUAAUGGAAAGUCCUUUGGUUGGCUGGUGUGUGCGUGGAGGGAGGCUAGACUCUCAGUCCUGGCAUCUUUUUCAAAGACGGCUCUCAGUCCCAGGCGAAGCAUUUUCUCUUGAUGUGUGAGCACUGUCGGAUCUUCCCCCGAGGGGAUGAAGUUCUGGGAAGAGCAUCUAGGUUCCAAGUCCCCUCCCUGGCAGCAUCUCCAAGAUAGGGCUGAGAGAGACUCCUGCCUGCAACCUUGGAGAAGCCGCUGCCAGUCUGUGCAGACAAUACUGAGCUAGAUAGACCAAUGGUCUGACUCAGUAUUUGGCUGCUUCCUAUGUUCUUUCCUGUCCUCCUCCCCAGCCUGGUUGUCCACCUUUGGACAGUUUCGUUCACUGCCAAGCCCCUUACCCUCCUUUCCACCUUUUUCAGAAACUGAGCUGUAUUUCUAGUUUAGGUGGAAUCCAUCCUUUUCAGGAUGGUUAGGACACGGGGUGGGCGGGGUCGGGCGUCUCACUGGACACCUGAGAUCCUGCCGAAUGACACAAUUCCGUGCGCAUUCCAUCCUCCCCCUUUUUAAAAGCAGGGGGUGCAGGAGGGCAUUUGGGCACCCCGCUGGUGCCCCAGUAAAUUGCCGCCUGAAGCAGCCGCCUCACCUCGCCCCAGGGAAAGGCCUCCUCCCUCUGCCUCUUUUUUGCAGAAGAUUUCAGAGGUCUCCUUCAAAGGCGUCUCCCCCUCUGAAGCCGUGGUGAGCUGGUCAAGCCUCAGGUGGACGUCGCCUCUCAGAGGGGAGAUAACUUGUGGCCCAAGUGCUUCGGGUUUAAGCAGCGGCUGGCAGCAGACCCGCAAUCUACCGAAAGGGUUAGAGAACACGAGCGGGAGGCAUAGCCCUGGGCUACCCAAUGAGGAGGUCGUCGAGGUUGGCAGCCCCUAGAUAUGGGGGAGGCCACAGUAGGGAGAGAAGUGGGAGAAAUCUCCAUUGUGCCAAAUGAGCUGGUGUGUUUGGGGGGGGCACAGAUCACUGUGAGCUGCAGCCCCCCCGUCUCCAGAGCCCGGGGGGGGGGGUUUGAACCUCCUCCCCCCCCCCCCACCUCCCGGUCUUAGUUUCCCGGCAGCCGAAGCUGCCUGCAGGGACAUUUCGGAGGCAUCGCACUGAGCCGUCUUCGCAACGGGACCCGCCUUGUUGGCCCCAGCGAGGCUGAUUCCUCCCCAGGCGCCAGGGACGGAGCAGAGAGACCCCACGGAAGGACCCUUUGGCCAGAGCUGGACUCGUGUCUAUUUUUGUAACUCGGUUGCGGAAGAAGAGCUCUUUCUGCAUCCCUGUUCCCCCAGCAGGCUGUGGACCCAGCUCCAGUUGUGAGUGUGAUGCAGAAACCUCGGACACGGAAAGCCAGUGUUCGGGGCUGUUGCAGUCCUCUGGAAAGGGACACAGUGGUGUCACCAAAAACCGUGUGUGUGUGUGUGUGUAUGUAUGUAGACUUUUUUUGUUUACAUCAGUGAUGUAAGGACGUCACUGUCCUUAUAUGUGCAUGUUUACAUCAGUGAUGAAGGCCCCAUCAACUCUCAGUGUGGUUACCUAACUACAUAAUGUUCAUGCCGCUUGUUUGGGCUGAAGCUGAUAAUACUCGGGAUGGUUCCCCUGCCCUGACACCUUGUAGAGAUGGCCCUUCUCGCUGUGCAGUGCUGUGCUUUGCCCAGCUCUUGGUGGGGGUGGGGGCUCCUUAAAGAAUAAUUAUAAUUAAUUAUAAUUAUUAUUAAACUUUAUUUGUUAGCUGCUCCAUAACAAAUUGUUCUCUGGGCGGCCCACAACAGAGGAUGGAUACAUACAAUAAAGACACACAACCCAUUAAACCCUAACAGGCAAAAAAAAAGGUGACUACUAAACACAACACAAAGCAGCAUCAAAAACUCAUUUUUAAAUUAGUUAAAAAUCAGAUAAAACCGGAAACGCCAAAUUUGAAAACCCGAAUUUAAAAGGCCUGGGUGAAGAAAAAGUUUUUACCUGGCGUCCAAAAGAAUAAAGUGACAAAGCCAGGCAAACCUCGCUGGGGAGGCUAUUCCAUAAACUGGGUGCCACCACCAAGAAGGCCCUCUGCCUGGUAGCCACCUACCUGACCUCAUUUGGCAGGGAUACCUGGAAGAGGGCCUCCAAAGAAGAUCUUAAGGUACGGGUAGGAACGUGUGAGGCAAGGCGCGCUCUCAAGUAACCCGGCCCCAAGCCAUUUAGGGCUUUCAGGGUUAAAACCAGCACUUUGAACUGGGCCCGGAAGUGGACUGGAAGCCCGUGCAGCUGACAAAGCCCUGGCAUGAUAUGAUCGAAACGUUCGUCUCCUCUUCUUGAGCCCCUGCGCCAUCUUGGAAGAUGUGCACGGAGUGCUGAGAAGCCCUUCCCAGCGCUUUCCCCAGAGAGCGCUUGGGAGAGGAUUCAGCCCCUCGUCGAGGGCCCUCUCAGCACUCAGACGAGUGCGGUUCUGUGCAGAGGACAGCGUAGUGGGAAAUGGCUCCCCCAUUGAGGUGGGGUGUUUUUGGUUUUUUUUGCCAAAGGGGCUUGGAAAAAAAGCAGAGCUCUCUGGUAAGAUAGAUAGAUAAACUCUUGCAGUCUUUGACCAGUACAAAGAUCACUGGUUUGCACUUUUUCUAUCAGUGUGUCUUAGCAUUUGUGGCAACCAGAAGCCAUCUUAGUGAAGUUUGUGUGUGUGUGGAUGGAGGCGUGCGUGCGUGUGUGUGUGUGUGUGUGUACCCCUUUCCGUCCCUGCUGCAUGCAAUUGACCGUUCCUGCAAGGGGGUGCCCCCUUCUCCUUCUCCCCUCUCAGCUGCAUUGCUGCCGAAGGCGGCUAAUGGAAGGAAUGCGGGCCCUUUUCGGGGCAGCUGUCCCAGGCGAUCAGCUCUGUGACACACCGGUGGAGACAAGCGGCAGACACCCAGGACCGCCCGUUUCGCCGGGCCGAGAAUCUACCCAGAAACCGCAUGGUUAUUUUCUGACCGCCGGCGUUUAUUUUUAGCUGUGUUCCGAUACAGAACUCGGCAGGGGAAGGGGAUGAAAUCAUGCCGAGUGGGAGGCACCGCCACAUGUCCACGGGGAUCUGUGGGCAGCAGGCUGCGCUCGCAGCAGCGGAGGCUGGCUGAUGGCGUGGGCAGAACCUCGCAAGGCUCUCCUGGGCCUGUGGCUAGAAAUAUUGGCGUGGGGAGGAAAGCAACCACGACAAGAUGCACUCAAGAGGGGCGGCAUUGCCAGUCUGGUGAAGGGUGGUGGUUUACCAAGGGGUUGGAUGCACAUUUGUUCAACAAUUUUAAUAAAAUGUAAUUUUUCAUACCA